CAAUGGUUUUCCCAGGUUCCUGGAGCAGAAGCACUUGUUGUAAGAGUUGUAUCAUCUGUGGAUAAGAAGUUAGAAGUUAAACCAAGGUUUCUUGAAAUUUUUCAAGAGGAAAACUAUCCAUCGGAGUUUGCAUAUAAAUCUAAGGUGGUAUUAUUAUUUCAGAAAAUUGAAGGCGUCGAAGUAUGCCUUUUUGGGAUGUAUGUUCAAGAAUUUGGAUCAGAAUGUCAGCAGCCAAAUCAGCGGCGAGUUUAUCUCUCAUAUCUAGAUUCUGUGAAGUAUUUCAGGCCAGACGUCAAAACAGUCACUGGGGAGGCUCUUCGGACAUUUGUGUACCAUGAAAUUUUGAUUGGAUAUUUAGAAUAUUGCAAAUUGCGUGGUUUCACAAGCUGCUACAUAUGGGCUUGUCCUCCGUUAAAGGGCGAAGACUACAUUUUAUAUUGCCACCCAGAAAUUCAAAAGACGCCAAAAUCUGAUAAACUCAGGGAGUGGUACUUGUCCAUGUUAAGAAAAGCUGUGAAGGAAAAUGUUGUAGUUGCUCUUACUAAUUUGUACGAUCAUUUCUUUGUUUCUACCGGCGAAUGUAAAGCUAAGGUAACUGCGGCACGGUUGCCAUACUUCGAUGGAGAUUACUGGCCUGGUGCUGCAGAGGACAUGAUCUAUCAACUACAACAAGAGGAUGGGAUGAAACAGCAUAAGAAGGGAGCUACGAAAAGAGCCAUCACAAAAAGAGCUUUAAAGGCAUCUGGUCAAGCUGAUCUUUCUGGCAAUGCAUCAAGGGACCUCCUGUUAAUGCAUAAACUUGGUGAGAUGAUUUCUCCAAUGAAGGAGGACUUUAUCAUGGUUCACUUGCAACAUGCAUGCUCACACUGCUGCAUUCUAAUGGUAUCUGGAAAUCGUUGGGUUUGCAAACAGUGCAAAAACUUUCAGCUUUGUGACAAGUGUUAUGAAUCUGAGCAAAAACAUGAGUACCGAGAUAGACAUCCUAUCAAUCAAAUGGACAAGCAUGUACUCUACUUGGUAGAAAUCAAUGAUCUUCCUGUUGAUACCAAAGAUAAAGAUGAGUUUCUUGAGAGUGAAUUCUUUGAUACGAGGCAGGCAUUUCUUAGCCUUUGUCAAGGGAACCAUUAUCAAUAUGAUACACUGCGCCGUGCUAAGCAUUCUUCAAUGAUGAUCCUCUACCAUCUUCACAAUCCCACUGCCCCAGCAUUUGUAACGACAUGUAAUGUAUGUCAACAUGAUAUAGAAGCCGGUCAAGGUUGGCACUGCGAGACAUGCCCAGAUUAUGAUGUAUGCAAUGCUUGUUAUAAAAAAGAGGUUGGGAUUAGUCAUCCUCAUAAGUUAACUAAUCAAUUAUCCAAUGAACGUGAUGCACAAAAUAAAGAAGCAAGGCAAUUCCGAGUUCAGCAGCUUAGGAAAAUGCUUGAUCUCCUGGUGCAUGCUUCCCAGUGUCGUUCUCCGAAUUGCCAAUAUUCAAACUGUCGCAAGGUGAAGGGACUUUUCCGCCAUGGUAUGCUGUGCAAAAUACGUGCUUCUGGUGGGUGUGCUCUCUGUAAGAAAAUGUGGUAUCUUCUUCAGCUUCAUUCUCGAGCCUGCAAAGAAUCCCAAUGCACUGUACCGCGCUGCAGAGAUUUGACUGAGCACAUUAGAAGGCUGCAACAGCAGUCUGAUUCCCGAAGAAGGGCAGCUGUGAUGGAAAUGAUGAGGCAGCGUGCCGCAGAGGUUGCUGGGAAUUCUGGAUGAGCCAGUUGUACAUUAAUAGUGACAUUUUGACGUACUCUUUUCACAAGAAGAUAGUUUAUAGUCAUAAACUGCUUUGUUUAUAGGCCGAACUCUGGUGGUGAAAGAGGCACCGUUUCCUCAAAAUUUUCUGUUCAUAUUUUUCCGGAUAAGCUCCAUACUGAAGUUUACAAAGAUCAGAUACUGCUACAGUCUGCAACACCACAUGCAUACUGAAGUUAUAAAUCGGAGACUGCUCGUCUGGAACGACUAACUAUAUUGUUCGGAUGCUGUAAGGGUGUAGAAGUAUGUUGCUGGAUAAGUGUAGCACUUUAAUUUCAUUUUCCUGUUUUUCAUUAAUUAAUGCCCCAUUAUUUGAUGGCACGUGUACCAUAUCUUUCUGAUGCGUCUAUAGAUUAUUCACUUUCCAGAGAAAUCGCACGGGGGAUUGCAGUUUUUCUUUUUGUAUGCUGGUUUCCUCCAAACUUUGUAGUUGAAGUAAUAAGUAGCUUAAUUAAUUUGUCAAAAUAUAUUAUGUUGGAACUUAA